ACCAGCCGCGCAAUGCGGCCAGUCUCUCGCUCCUCUUGCGUCUGCACGGCCUGGCCAGGCCGUCGGGCGGCCGUGGCCGUUGCCGUGGCCGCGGUUGCGGCCGGCCCGGCCCGGCCGAGGCCGAGGCCGUCGAGGCGGUGGGUGGCAGCGAGCGCCGGUCGCGACGCGACUGUCGGCCGGCCGGGCUGCGCUCGGCCAACAACUUGUCGAUCAGUUCGGAGGCGCUGCAUCUGCUCGCCGGACGCGGACGUCUCAGUCCGAGGCAGAGCCACCGAGCGCCGCUGUACCACAACUUCCCGCCGUUGGCGGACCGAGUGCAAAAGUGGGAGGAAUGGCUGGAAGUGCAUCGUCCGGCCGGCGUCGGCGAUCUGCUCCUGCUGGCCCGGACGCGAAGUCGCAGCGAAGGCGGCUCGCCCUCCACCGGCAGCCCAUCGCAUCGGCCGGCCGGCCAACUGGUACCGGCCGCUGGCGUCACGCACAUCCGCUGUUCGCCUCGGCCCGACGAAGCGACGUUGCUUACGUCGCAGCCGCGGCCGCGGCCGCCGCCGCUGCGUCCCAGCGGCGCCUACUGCGAGACGGCCGCUUCGAUGCGCCAGCGGCGCGCCGACCUCCUCCGGCCCAGCCCCAGCCCCAGCCACAGCCCCAGCCCCAGCCCCAACCACAGCCCCAACCUCAGCCCCAGCCCGAGCCGUAGCGCCAGCGCCUGCGGGUCGGACGAGGCGUCGGCCGGUCUGGCGCACCUCUUCGACGGACUAGCUAGUCUGUGCCGACCGCCCUUCGGCCCGGCCCCCUCGGCCGGGCAGUCGGGCGACGUAAACCGGUUCUAUCGCCCGUUCGGACGGGUCGACGCCGAACCGCGGCUCGAGUCGCAGACGCCGAUCGUCGGCCAGGCCGAGCCGGUGUGCCGCAACUGCGGACGACCCCAUCCGGCCAACUUCUGCAAUCAGCCGACCAUCGGCUUCGGCCACGGCGGCCACGGCGGCGGUGGUGGUGGUGGUGGUGGUGUUGGUGUUGGGGCUGGCGACGGUAUGAUGAUGUACCGUCUUCAACAGACGAGUCCGUUUCAGUCGGUCGGCCCCGGCCGUCCGGUGCCGCAUGUCUGGCCGACCAACGGCCAUUUCAAGCCGCCUCCGAUGCUGGAGACGAUGUACUGCCUGAAUGCUCCUUUCACGCCGAGUCUACAGCCGCCGCAGCUGGUGCCGGGCGCCAACGACGCCUUUCCAAUGCUCUUCCCCUCCGGCCUGCCGUUCCAUCAACACCCACGAAACCCGGUUGCUGUUGGCGUCGGCGUCGGCGUC